AUGGAUCCUGCCAAGAAGACGCCAAGGCUCGAUGUUCCAGCGCCAUCUCCCGAAGGGCCCAGGGACCAGGGGCCACGAGCGCCACUCAAUCCCCGCAUGAACCAAUCACUCCAAAUCUGCGCAAUGGAGACAUCCGAGGCUCGGGAUCUGGUUCUACCUCGUUCCUCUCGUUUGAGUUCCGAGGAAUUACCUUGUCGAUACCUACUAACCCUGGAGUCUUGGCCGCUGAAUACCAGUUAUUAUCUUCUGGUCAGGACGCCUGAAGCUAACGUCCUCUCCAGUGUCGUACUCAUGGGCUGA